GCCUGGGGCUGCAGGAGGCCCCUCUGCACCAUGACGCCCUGGCUGCUGCCCCUGCUGCUGCUGCUCCUGGCCGGGCCCCCCGCCGUGUGGCCUGCACCCCCGACCUGCUACUCCAGGAUGCUGGGCCUGAGCCGGCAGAUCACCCGGGACUUCCAGAGCCUGCAGGCCUCCGAGCCCUCGGAGCCGUGUGUGAGGUACCUGCCCAGGCUGUACCUGGACAUACACAACUACUGCGUGCUGGCCAAGCUGCGGGACUUCGUGGCGACGCCCCAGUGCUGGAGAGCGGCCCAGGUGGACGCCCUGAAGGAGAGGGUGCGGAAACUCUACACCAUCAUGAACUCGUUCUGCAGGAGGGACCUGGUGUUCCUGACCGAUGACUGCGGCGCCUUGGAGUACCCGAUGCCGGCGACCACAGCCCUGCCCGACCACCACGGCUAAGGCGGCCCAGCCCGGAACCAGGACCCGAGGGGACGGGACAACGUGGGAGGCCCAGCGCAACGGGCCACAGCCACGGUCCCCUCGGGGCUCCCUGUUUACUGUAGCAUCUCCAACUGUCACAUGUCUCCCCGCCUUCUGGGAAGCAGGGCUUGCGCCCCGACCCCGGGACUCCCCUUGAGCACAGAGGCCUUGCUUCCACCCCCCUGGGCUGGCCUCACCAGGACGCUUAGGUGCACGACCCGCAGGCUGAGCU